UCGGCAUGAAUUGAGGUCAGGGACUGCGCAUGUAGGUCAUGGUGCACCAACAAUUCCAGUUUUGGGUGUGAUCAAUUUUGACGGAGGCCCAGACCAAAAGAAAACGCUAUCAUGUGUGGGUGGAUCUGAAAUGAGCACGCGCUUCCCCCAUUGCGGUUGUAUCCCAACCUCAGGCUGUGUGGUUGUUCGUUCGGGAAAUGUUUAGAUCAGCAUUCCAUUCCCUAGUCUCAUGUCGGAGUGCUGAUGAAACACGUACACGGAUGCUAUACAUGUACACGCAGGCCACAUCGAUUCGUACUAAUGGCGGCAUAUUAUCCUGCUGAUAUUUUGCACUUCUGAGGAGCCACCACAAAGUGUUAAUGACCACCAUCAUGGCGUUGAUAAGGACGUCCUACUUUCAUUUAGGGGAACUUUUGAUACUUCUCACCGCGCUGGUUUUUCAAACGUCGAAGUGCACCAUUGAAGUGACCGUGGGCCAAGUCGAAUCGUAUAGCGCCCUCUUGCAUUGGAACCUGGACGUCCCGGCCAACACGACCAUAAAAGGUUUCAGCGUGGAAGUUAAAACCGACACCAAAGUGAUGGACAAUGAUAUUAUCGAUAAGAACAACGCAACAUCACGCUACCUCUUCAACUUGGACGACAUGAGGUACUACAACGCAUGCGUGGUGACCCUUGUUGAGUCCGGCGGGGUCGCUGAGUCGGGCUGCGUUACUUUUACAACACCCAUUGGUACCAGCACGUAUCUGGCCAUCGUGAGUGGCGUGUUCCUGGUACUCUGCCUGAUCGUCUUCGGCAUCUUGGACUUUGUGGUGAGCAGCAAGCGCAAGGAUCACAUGGCUCACGUAGAGGAGGAACUCUUGGACCAGGGAUGGAAAACCUUUCAGCGGAACUCCAAGACGAAACAGAAGGGGAAGAAACGGCAGGCACCCGGCAAGCCUAGACCCGACUCCUCUGCCUCCAUCCCGGAUGCAAUCCCACGAGAGGCCCCUGUUGAUGCAGCAGUCUAGACCAACCAUUGAUCUUCGCUCGUCUCCACCACCCUAUCUAAGAUCGCCGGUGACAUUUCAUUGAGGCAGUACAGGGAGGAACAUGCAUGACGGUUUAGGGCAGUACAGGGAGUAACAGACAGGGCGGUUUGGGACCUUUGAUUUACCUUUUUUCAAUGACACAUAAAUAUAAUGUGUGUGCAGAUUUACAUGAAAGGUGUUUGUAUUACUGAUAUCUUUGUUAUUUUAUAUGACAUAGUUAUGGGAUCCAAAAGUUAAUUAGAAAGUACAUGGACAUUGUCUGUAGAAAUUUACCCACAAAUAACCAUUUCUCAUCGAGGCCCCAAAAAAGUAGGCCAAUUGCUGCGCGUUGCUUUCGACAAUCACGAUACAAUGUGGGCAGCUCUUUUUCCACUGAAAGUCGUCAGCGUUUGAACAGGAAUAUCCUUCUUGGUAUAGCCUUUGACUCGUCCGGCAUUAGAGUCCGGCAUUAAUGAUUUGGUAGCUCCAAGUGUUGACCGUAACAUGCAUGGGAUGCUGCAGUGCACUCGGAACACAAAACACGUGACUUCAUGCAUUACUCCAUUGAGCAAAAUGAUCAUAGACCUAUAUCAAAUUAAAUAGCUCUUAGAUAAUGACCAACAUUACAAAACCAUUUCUGGCAAUGUGAUUAACUCUUCGCUAUAAACGCUUUACCUAUUGCUCACUUUCGUGUCUUGGAUUUUAAAGAUGAUACCCCACGCUCUUCAAAAUUAUACAUGUACAUGUACAUAGGAUAUUUUCUCCUAACGAAUUUUUUUCAAUAUGUAUAUUUUGUUGAAACGAAAAACUACACUAUUCCGAUUUUGGGCGUCUGCAACCAUUAUGAAAAAGGAAUUUCAUUUUGUGCAGAACCGAACCCGUCCUGCGAGAGCCGAAUUAUUGUAUAGUGGCCAAUAAUUCAAUAUCUGGUGGAUUGGAUUUGGUGGAUUUCGACAUCUCAUUCGAAAGUGAAUAACUUUUAUACUCCUUCGAAAAUAGAAAUUGAAAAAACGAAUCGUUAUUUUUCGAGGUGAAUCUCGAAAAAAGAACGGGGAACGCAUGUCUAGCUUAAUAUUGUCCAUUAACAAAUACAAAAACAAAAUUAACAGUACUGAAUUGUAUAUAUUUGUACAAAACAAAGAGAACUUUUAAUUGCCUCAUGACUAGUCUCUUUAUGGAUACAAAUGUACUCUUACAAACUUUUUGUUGCUGUCCUUAAUUUCAUGUACAAAAAUGUAAUUUGAAUCAGUCAGUGGCAAUAUGAUUAUUGCUUUUAAUGUUUAUGUGAAUGCAAAUGAAAGGAUAACUGAAUAUAAAAUAUUCGAAGUUAGUGCGAGAUCGCAGCGCAUUGUGCAGCAAUCUGUUACUGAGGUAACACCCUGAGUAUACAGUUUUCAAACGUCGGUGAAGGGCAAAACCUAAUUUGAUUUAUAUCACCCUGACGCGAAAAUUCCAUCCUAAAAUUGUGCAGAAAUUGCUGGACUUAAGUGACGACAAUGCGAUACAAUUUGGUUUUUAUUUGAAAAUGUGCUGUUGAGUUUUGAUGGACCGGCAAAACGCACACUUUUGUACACUUUAUAUACAU